AUGGGAAAGCCCAGACCGCAAAAGAAGAAAUCAUCCAAGCCCCGCGAAAAGUCCGUCCUAGGCCCCGGUGGCUCAAUCUCUAAAGGCAACAUGGCCCAAGAUCCUUCAAAACUCCUUGAUCAAGCGACGAUCCUUUUACAGACUGGCCGAACCGAAGAAGCGCUGGUGAUCGCACAGCAGGCCCUCGAUUUGUCCGCUGAAAACACCCCCGCACAGCUCCCCGCCAUCAAUUUACUCGGAGAAAUUCACGUUGAACUCGGUGACAUCGAUGCAGCCAGAACCUUCUUCCUGCAAGCGGUUCAACUCGAUCAGAAUGGCUCCAUUCCCGAGUCCGAGGGCGGAGGUGCGGAGAAAUUCCUCUGGCUCGCACAGUUGAGCGAGGAAGGUGGAAAGGAUAGUGUUCUGUGGUUUGAAAUGGGUGUGGCGUCUCUCCGACAGUCCAUCCAGGGACUUGAAGGGAAAACUUCCGCGGACGAAGUUGCGGACAUUGCGCAGAAGAAGAUCAAGCUGUCCAAUGCUCUCUGUGCUGUUGCCGAGAUUUAUAUGACCGAUCUUUCUUGGGAAGACGAUGCCGAAGCUAGAUGCGACGCACUCAUUACAGAAGCUCUUGCUGCGACACCCGACGCACCAGAGGUACUGCAGACCCUCGCCUCCAUUCGGAUAUCACAACUGCGCACCGAGGAUGCACAAGCAGCACUCACCCGCAGCAUGGGACUGUGGAAGGAUCUUACUCCUGGAGAUGUCCGAGUGCCUGACUUCGCGAUUCGCAUCAGUCUUGCCCGACUGCUGAUGGAGGUGACUUUGGAAUUCGAGGCUCUGGAAGUUCUCGAGCGCCUGAUUCUCGAAGACGACCAGUCCGUGGAGGCAUGGUAUCUUGGAGGUUGGUGUCUCUUCCUGCUCGCCGAGAAGCAGCAGGCACCCAAGGACGCGACUCCCGAGGAACUGACGGAGUCUCCCCGGCAUGCAUCCCUCGAGGCUAGUCGUGAGUGGCUCAAGCAAGCUUUGAAGCUGUAUGGAUUGUUGGAGUACGAAGAUGAGCGUCUGCGCGAUCAUGCCUUGGAGCUUGUUCAGGAAAUGAACAAGGAAAUUGGCGAGGAUGAGGAGAGUGAGGCUGAGGCCGAGGGCGAAGGCGAAGGCGACGACGAGGAGUGGGAAAUUGAGGCCGACUCGGAUGAUGAGAUGGCGGACUCUUAG